UGCCCUCGCUGAGCCACCACAUUGGUUGGCAAACAAGACCGAUUACGACGUGAGUUGUUCACACUACUACAGCACCAUCAUCACUCACACAACGCAGGUCACAACAGAAUGGCACCGUCAACAGCUGCUUCUCCCACUUCACUCUUGUGGGCACAUCAACUGAAGCGAGAGCACGCGUAUCUGUUAAAACGCAUGCAAGCUCUUGAGACCCAGAACAGCGCUCAAGAGGCACGGUCGGUGAGCGAGACCGAGCGCAAUGCUGUCCGCUUGUAUGAGCAGGCGCAGAGCGAGAUCCUCAAGAUGAAAACGCAGAUCGAGAACCUCCUGGUUGAACAGCGCAAGGCUGCUGAGGAACGGAAGCAGGCUCUGGCGGAUAACAAGAUUCUCACGGAACGAAUCUCGGCUGUGCAGGAGAGGCUGGCAGAGUAUGGGAAGAUGUUGCAGCAAAAGAGCGGGCAUCCGAAUGCUGCAAGACUUGAGGCGAUCGAGCAGCAGUUGGAGGGGCUUGCUCAGCAGGUGCAAAGCCACGGUGAAAAGAUGAGCCGUUUGCCGGAGAGGGUGCCUGCGCUCGGAGUGCCUCACGAUGAAGUCAGGUCAGCCGCGAAGGCGACACAUCACAGCGACGAUACGGGGACAGACAUCGCAACCACAGCACGAAACCCAGGUGGCAGCUUCUUUCCUUAUCGACGACCACAAGGGCAAGCUCUGGAGAGCAGAGGGGGUCUGCAGUCGAAGUCAGGAGCGUUGAAGACCGUACCCUCGCAAUCGAUGCAACACCUGGAGAUAGAGCCGCCUCAGGACUCUUCUCACCACGAAAACGGCGGGACUGAUCCAGGCGUCGAUGACAGGACAUUGCAAGCUCCAGGGACAAAGAGAAGACGCAUUGACCAGACUACCGUUCUAGAAGUGCUGGAACCUCCGACUUCAACAGCUAUACCCUCGAUGGUGGAUUCCACAUCGGCUUCCUCAUCGAAGAUCAAGCCUAAGCGGUCCAGCCGCGUGCCGCGAGGUCAACAUGCAACGAUGUUGCACGGAGUCGUUGCCAAAGACAGUGAGGACCUGUAUGCGAUUCCGCGACCUCAAAAGAUUGCUGUGACUGGGUCCAGGUAAGGGGUACAGUGUUCUGCUUCGAUCAAUUGCUGACACCGAUUAACAGUGCUCCUGUGGCUAAGCCUGCCGUUUCAAGACCAAGAAAGGCACAUUGCACUCCCCAAUGGACACAGGAGGAGGCGAACGCGCGCGGCCGAGAGACUCGUCGAGUCAAAUACCAGCCUGCAAACCCUCCGAGUCCUGUCGAGCAAAGCGGCACGCGUAAUGGUGAAGGGGUCAACAAGGCUGCAGAUGCAGAUAUUGUGUAUCUCGAAACGGCU